AUGUCGUCCAAGGCGGUGGCCAAGGCCGCUGGUGGCGUGGUGUCUAUUGCAAAGAAACAAACCCUCCAAUCCAAGGGGAUCUGGGAGUUCUUCCGAAGAGCCGUGUCCAUCGACCCCAAUCGCUCCAACGGCGUGCCGCUCAAUCCGUGGUACCGCAACCCACCGCCCGGUUCCAACGACCCGAAGGGCUACGACGACCCCGUCACGGUGCCGGCGGGCGACAUCGCCGACAAUCCCUACUGGAAGCGCGACGCGCGGCGGUCGUAUCCGAAGCUCAGCGUCGUCGGGCAGGGCGACGUCGCGCAGCUGCUGACGGUCGGCAGCGCGGCGCAGCCCAAGGUGGAGUUGAUUGGCGAGGCCGGUGAGAAGCAGCUCGUGGCCGCCAGGCAGGAGGGCGAGACGGGCUUGGCCAGCUGUCUCGAUAAGGCGCCCAAGGACGUGGCAAAGGACCUCUUUGUCGCGGGGCUGCCGCCGCUCCCUAGCGGGCAGAGCUUGGCGUCGGGAGAGUGGGAUGUGCACAAGUACAAGUUGUCGGAGGAGAAUUCGUAUCCUCAGGGAUACCCGUGCCGGUCGUUCCAAUAG